AUGCCGCCCUCGACGCGACUGAGUGGUGCCUUUGGCAAUCAGUCAACACCAAACAUCGAACACAUCCUCGAGCAUUUCGAUCAGUUCAAACGAAAGCACAUCGCUCAAAAUCGAGACAUCAUCAAGACCAAUGCGCUCGCUCAGAUCCGUAUUCGCGAGUUGGAGUCGAAAGUGAGGCAGAUGGAAGCUGAACGAGCAGAGCAUAGUCAUGUCGUCAACAGGCUUGAGAUCGCUCUGGCAAGGUACGAGCACUACAUGCGCAGCAUACAACGAGGCUGGGAGGGGAUGGGGUACGGCAUCUCGGCUUUAACGGGUCACUCACCUCGAAGACGAAGCAGUCAUGGCUCCUCCUCUUCUGCUCGAAAUGAAGGGCGUUGGCAAAGCUCUGAGCGCGCCGACCAUUUCGAGCCACACUUGGGCCCUGCUGCUCGCAUAAUCAUAGACCCCACAGCACUUCCGGCGGGAGUUGUGCGUCACAUUGCAAAGGCGCCCGAAUGUCAGAUCGCAAAUGUGCUGGAAGAGAACGAGGACGAGUAUGCCGACUCGGCAAGUGGAACUCCAGACGUGCGUGACAUCUCGGAUGAGGAAAGUCGCGAGAUCACGCAUCAACAGGCAGCCACAGCUGUUGACAACCAGCGCAACACGUCAGCAGAGACGGAGAUGGCAUUCUCUGACGGUUCGGGUGCGCCGCGCGCAGCUGAGUCUGCGAAGCGCGCUGCGCAAUCUUCGGUGUAUGCCGAACCGCCACGUGCGAUCGAGAGAUCUCGAUCUGGAUCGAGAAGGGUGUUGGGACGGACACCGGGCUCGACCAGCUCUACGCGCACUGGAACGUCUGGGGCUCGCAGAGUCAAUCUUCCUCCACCCAUCAAGUCGAGUGAGCUGGAUUUGAGCGGUGCACCAAGUCCGCUUACCAGUCCAGCGUUUGAGUUGGCUCCGAUGUCUAGUCUGAGCCACGUUGUUGCUCAAAGGCAAUGCGACGGCGCUGAUGGGAACGAGGACGCAGUUGCUGACCAUCAACACAAGGACUUUGGCCUCAGGAGCCUAGAUCCACCAACACUUUCGAAGGCGCCUUCAGCACGGACGGCGAGACGCAGUGGGCUCCACAAUGUCCCGAAUCAGCCCGAACACGACGUCUUCCGGGAUCCGGUCAGCCUGCAUGACGCCGCUCCCACGUCCCUAGUGGCUGCCGGCGAGACGCACGAGAGAAGGCAAAGCAUCGAUAGUCUGAGUUCCUUCAACGAUGAUGAGAUCAUCAUUUCUGAGGAUGAGCCAGAAGCACAGCUAUUAGCCCCUCAAAUUGCAGCCGGCAAGGGAGAAAUACUGCCAAAGAAAUCGCUUGCAGACGCGGCAAAGGUGGAAGAGGUGCCAACACCAGUCGCCCGCAAAAGAAAGACGCCCAACUCCCCGGAGAAAAGCCGAUUGAGCGGCGGGUCUGUGGAAGGGAUGUCCACGUCGAUGAGCGCCCCUUCGAUUGCAACGGAAGAGGACGCAAGCUUGCGAGGCCGCCGAACGAGCUCGAGGAGCCGCACAAGCGUUAACUACGCGUUGCCCAAACUGAACACAAAGAUGCGAAAACCAGACCCCACGGAUCUCGUUCCUGCGACCUCUUCAGAGUCUCUCGCCCUGCCGAGCCCUGGCAAGCCACCGUCGAGGAGUCGCGAGUCGUCUGAAGAGAGCGCUGCUGGCGAGAAUGGUCAGAUCCAAGUCGCAGCGUCCGCACCAGCGCGGCGACCGCCUGGGCCUAAGCAAGCAGCGAGCUCAGGUAACUUGAAAGACAUACGCAAGCUGCACCAAAGCUCUGCUGAGGCGAAGGUCGACUCGGCGAAGUCGAGCAGACCAGGGCGCACUGCUGAGCGUGCUGCCGACGAGUCAGACGAUCUUAGUGAUGUCGAAGACGAUCGGGAUCGAACGCCUCGUGGAAGCUCAGGGCCUGGAGGGGAGCCAGGAGACACUACCAGUAGUAGAGCGGAUGACUCACUGGCAGAACUCAUGAGAGCCGCUGAGACAGACACGCCCCCAAGGAUGCCCACGCCUGACCUUGCUUCUGGACCCUGGCGAAGACAAUCGAACGCGCCUCGUGCAGCACGCAAGGCUGCUGAGGCUACGCUGGCUGCCGUCAUCGCCGAUGAGCGCGAAGACGAAGAAGGCCAUUCGAAAAGAACCACAAAAAAGAACUCGGCCUCGUCUAAAAGGGGUCUCGUCGAGCAGGAGGAUGGAGGAGCCUCGAGCAAGACGGGAGAAUCCUCAUUGCGAAGUGAUAUGAGCGAGACUCGACCCGCGAUGCGAAUUCGCUCAAAUACUGAGCCAACGCGCAACAGUCCAGGGGCAGAGGUUCGAGGCGUGAGAGCCCAAAGUCCACCUCGACGGCCAUCCACACUGGCAUCGGGACGCAGCACGUCGGAGCAGCAGCGUCACACAGAGACAGCAGUGACAUUGCGUGACUUGGGCUUCACAGGUCCCGAACUCAGUCCGCUGCCCGCGCGCAGCGUGUCCGCUGGAACAAGCUCUAGGGUCAAGGUGGUAGGCGCGGCUUUGCCGAGCACUCAAUCUAGAGGACUUGCCUCGUCUGGUGAGCAGUCUCACGCAGCUUCGAGCGCGAGCUCCAGCAAGGCUCCCCAACGAUUCGUGGUGCCAUUUGCAGCACCUGGCAAGCCUUCGCAAGCGCCUGAAAGAGUGGCGACGCCUACCGACACAGAGAGAGAAAGGCCGCGAAGCUUUUCUGGAGCAACUUCUCGAGCUCUGGCAAAUGGGGUGCGACGUGAGGAGCUUGGAAAUGGAGUCCAGAGCCUUGGCCGUGCGACUGCCAGCAGCGAGGCAAAACAGCGACCAACCUUGCACGACGCCUUGAUGGCACAGGGCAAGAAUUCUACGGCGGCUUUGACGCGCAAGCCUUCUUCGACCAGCAAUGGUUCGAGCGGAAGAGCAAGCCCGAUGUCUGCUGAUCGCAGCGCGAGCACGAACCUCAGCAGCAGCGCCCCUUCCCCACAGACAGGCGCCGGAGCUAGACAAAGAGUUGCAGUGUCUAGGGGAUCUCCUUCCUCUACUCUCGUUUCCUCCAAGCCACUGACAACAUCCUCGCUUCGGUGA